AGCCGAAUAUUGAUCCAUUUGACAUUUGACAUCUUUUUCCCUACAUUAGUGAUGGACAAAAUGCCCACAACUAUUUCAAAAACCACUCAGAACAUUACAAUCGCCAUGUUUUUGAUGGCAUGUUUUACAAUCUACAUGUGCUACAACUCAACCAAAAACUUGUUCAGCAAAUCCACUGCUGCUCACGUCCAGAUAAAUAACAUCAGCGCAGAAACUUGCCUCAGUGUUCUUAAGAUGCAGAACUACAAGUGCACUGCGAACAUCAAACAUCUGAUAGGAACAUCUAAAGAGAAAGGAGAACCAGACACCAUUCUGUUGAUCUGGAUGUGGCCUUUUGGCAACAGUUUUGGAUUUGGACCCUGCAGUUCGGCUUUCGAUAUCCAUGGCUGUCGUUUAACGGAUGACAGAGGUCUGUUUAACCAAGCACAUGGGGUAAUGUUUCAUCAUAGAGAUAUUCGUAGGGAUUUAUCUAACAUGCCACAACUCCCACGACCAGCUUUCCAGAAGUGGGUAUGGUGGAAUAUGGAGUCUCCAAGUAAUUCAUAUCCACUUCCCUUGCUAAAGGAUCUAUUUAAUCUGACUUCAAGCUACCGCGGGGAUUCGGAUAGUCCAGUACCUUACGGUAGGAUCACAGACACCACAGAGGAAGAGAAAAAAUAUACUAUCCCAAAGAAGGACAAAUUCGUUUGUUGGGUAGUGAGUAAGUUUAAGACAGACUUUAAGCGUUCACAAUACUAUACUGAGUUAGUGAAAUUCAUUAAUGUGUCAGCUUAUGGCAGGCACUUCAACAACCCAAUUAAUGGUAAAGAUUAUUCCAGUUUAGUGUCCAGUUGCAAAUUCUACCUGUCGUUUGAGAAUUCCAUUCAUAGAGACUAUGUGACCGAGAAGCUGUUCAAUGCUCUAGCGCUUGGUGCCGUUCCUGUUGUUCUUGGACCGUCCAGAGAAAACUAUGAGCUGUUCAUCCCAAGUAAAGCCUUCAUCCAUGUGGAUGACUUUCCAUCCCCAAAAGAACUGGCCGAUCAUCUGAAACUCCUGGACCAAAACGAGGACCUGUACAAGCAGUACUUCACCUGGAGAGAACAUUUUGUUUCAACGGAAACAUUAUUUGGUCUUGAACAUGCCUGUCGGAUUUGUGAUCAUAUUAGAAGGAAUAAGCACUACAAAGUGGUCAAAGAUCUCAACAGCUGGUUCUGGGGUUGAGGGCACUUUAAGAGAUGCUGAGUGAAGGGUGU